UGGUGCUAGCAACAUGCGUGGAGAGUGGAAUGGGCUUCAAGCAAAAUUCAUGGCAGAGUGUCCUUAUGCAUAUUAUGUCCAUUGCUUUGCUCAUCAACUACAACUAGCUCUUGUUGCUGCAUCUAAGGAAGUAGCCGAGGUGCAGAAUUUUUUUGAUCAUCUCACAUUUGUUGUCAAUUCUGUUGUGUCUUCUAGUAAGAGAAAUGAUGACUUGCAUGCUAAUCAAGUGGCUGAAAUGGAACAUCUCAUUGAACUUGGUGAGCUUGAAACCGGGAGUGGAGCUAAUCAAAUUGGGACUUUGAAGCGGUCUGGUGAUACUAGAUGGAGCUCCCAUUAUGAUUCAGUUUGCAGCCUUAUAAAAUUGUACAAACCUACAUACUUGGUUCUCAAGGAUAUUGCUAAUACAUCAAGUAAUACACCAACAAUUAGAGGGAAGGCUGCUGGUGCUAUUAGAUUGAUGAUGACAUUUGAGUUUGUAUUUAUCUUGCAUGUUGUAAAAGAAAUCAUGGGAGUCACGGACCUACUCUGUAAGAAGCUGCAACACAAAUCUCAAGAUAUUGUGAAUGCUAUGGAUGAUGUUGCAACUACAAAAAGGUUGAUUCAGGACUUGAGAGAUCAAGGAUGGACCAAGCUUAUUAAUGAUGUGACCUCCUUUUGCAGCAAGCAAGGGAUUGUUGUUCCAAAUAUGGGAGACCGCUAUGUGGAUUUUAUUAGAUCCCGUGAAGAUGACGAGACUACCGUUGAGCAUCACUACAAAUAUGAUAUCUUCACAGUUGCAAUUGAUCAACAAUUACAAGAGUUGAAUAGCAGGUUCAGUGAACAAGCAACAGAGCUUCUCAUUUUGUGUACAUCUUUGGAUCCAAGUGACUCAUUCAGCUCAUUCAACAUCGAUAAUGUGUGCUCUUUAGCUUCAAAGUUCUACCCUGCUGACUUUACCGAACAAGAGAGAGCAAACUUGAGAUGUCAGCUACGCCAUUAUGAGCUUGAUGUACCUAGCAAUCCAAGGUUUCAAAAUUUGACAAGUGUAGCUGAUCUUUGUCGUCGACUUGUUGAAACUAAAAAAGUAGAUGAUUAUCAUUUGAUUGAUAGGUUGAUUCGCCUUGUUCUUACUUUGCCAGUCUCAACUGCAACUACAGAGCGCGCAUUUUCUGCAAUGAAACUUGUGAAGACUAGGCUCCGAAAUAAAAUGGAAGAUGGAUUUCUAAGAGAUUGCUUGGUGCUCUAUAUUGAGAAAGAGAUAGCAAUUAAAAUCACAACGGAUUCAAUUAUCGAUGAUUUCAAUGCAGUUAAGGAGCGUGCGGUUAGAUUCAAAGACUAAAGUAAGUUAUAUUGACCCUUUUGCCAACAAUCUUUUGUAUGAACAAUCAGUUCCAUAAUAUAUUUGUACAUGGUUCUGCAAAUUAUUAGAAUACGGUGUGAAUCAGCAUUUUUUCGUAAUCAAAACACAAUCGUUGUUCA